GAUUCCAAUAUUAAGUAAAAAAUAUAAAAAUAAAAAGUGGAGGAGAAAUUAGAGAGCAGAGAAGACGUGGGCUGCUGUCAUAGGUCCUGUACCUUUCCACUCAAAAGAAAAAAAAACCUAACGCAGCUGAGCUCCACCCCUCGCUCUUCGCCGGCGGGUCAUUUUCCCUCCCCACGCCCUACUUUCCGACGCCACACUCAGAAAUCUUGAAAUAGGAAUUGAAUGGCUUAUAUCCAGCGUGGCAGAAAUGCCCUCAGGCGAAUUAUCAAAGACACCAAUGCUCAGAAUCAUGAUCGUUUGAUGCAACCUCUCUUGUAUGCCUGUCAAGGAGUUAGAUAUAGGAAGUUGGAAGUCAUUCUUACAACGAGCAUUGAGAAGCUCGGCAAAGCUGCUCCCGGUUAUUUUCGCAACCACCUGAUGCCAAAAUUGCUUGCGGUCCCUAAUAUUGAUAAGUUUGCUUAUCUCAGUAGGGAGCAGCGUAAGAUUUAUCAACCUGAGGAAGAGGAGGUUCAAGUAGUCACAAAGAAAGUGGAAGAUAACACAAAAGAAUAUGAAAAGGCAGCAAAUCGUCUAGUUAAUGCCUGGCUGGUAUUGAGGAGAUUCAUCAAUGUUGAAAAGUUUCGAGCUCGUGCUACCAAAGAUGAUCCAAUUGAAUCGCGUUCACCUGUGACAAAAGAUGAACUUAUUACUGAGGUAUGGCUGUGUUCUUUAUUGCUAGUAAUAGUUUCUCUCACAUCUCUAUAAUACAAAUUGCUUGUGUUAUAUCUGGUAUUGGUGUUGUAUAUGUGCUCUUGUUUUUGCAAAAGGAAAAACAAGUGCUCUUAUGAUUGCAAAGAGAGAGAUACGUCUAUAGAAGGUCUCUAAGAUAAGAAUAUUUUUAUGUGAAGUUUGUUUUUAAAUUUGUUGGAGGUGUGGCUUUGUUUUUUUUUUUUAAUGAGCUACCUAUAAAUGUUUGAGAUGUGGAUUUGGGACAUUAUAUUUAUAUAUUUUUUUAUUUCGAUGUACGCCAUUGUUUUUUAUUACUAUAACCAAAAUAAUGGACUUGAAGUUUUUUGGACUUUUGGCAAUAAAACAUUAUUUGUCGAGGUAAUAUAAUUUCGAGUCUAUUUAAAUUUUAUGUGUUUUAACUUUCAUGUAUUUUCUUUUUGGAUUUUAUUCUUAAGUUUUUUAAUAAACACGUGAUUAACAAAUUCUACUUGCCUUCUUCAAGCAAAUAGAUUUUACCCAGUUGAUUUUUUUUAGCCAAAUAACCCCAAUAUCUUGCAGACAAAUCCUUAUCAAAAUUGAAAACUCAAAAACCCGUAUUAUGGGAAUAUACCAGGCCUCAAUAACAGAUUUUUUCUAAACUUAAAACGAAACCUCAGUUUUAUCAGACCAUGAAAACUUAGUUUUUAUCAAACCAUAAAAACUCAGUUUUAUUAAACCACAACCCACAAAGAAACACCAACCUAAAUUACUAAAGCCAACUUUUUCUUGAAAGUUAAAACCUCAAAGAGACCUGCUUUAAAUCCAAAGACAAAAGAAAAGGGUUUAGUGGGAGGCUCGGGUAAGAAUUUUUUUAGGUAAGACAGUUUUUCUUUUUGUUUAGUGGUGUAGGACGGGAAGGUAAGAGAAAGGAAGGAGAAGAAAAACGGCACCACCAGGCAAGAGAAGUUUGCAGCACUUUGAAAUUGUGAAAAGAAAGGAAAGGUGGAGGAGAUAAACAUAUUGAAAAGCAGGACCGUUUGGAGCAAGGAAGGUGGGAUUUUCUGGGGAUUGAAAUAGCGGGUCUUCUUUGUAGAUCUAGGCAUUUUCAAGUGUUUGUUGGAAAAUCCAUGCAGAUAACAUGAAUAAGAGGACCAAGACGGACCAGUGAAUGAAUUUUGGGCUCAUUCCGACAACGAAGAUCGACGAUCGACGGUGGAUGACGGCGGCUACAGUGCUGGCCAGUUGUCAAUUUCUGGGUUUAUGAAAUGCCGUUGGUUUUGGUGAGAGAGCAAGUGAAAAAUGAAAGAU